AUGUCUCUACUAGGACGAAAAUACGCGGCGCCAGUCGCCCGGCCAAUGCUUCCUUUCUUCGCUGCCGGCCUCAUUAUCCUUUACGGUGUCAAUGGAUUCGCGAACGUUAUGAUGGAAACCCCUGAGUUCAAGAACGAUCCCCGCAACCCAACCGCGAAGCCGCUCAAGCCUGAGGAGAAGCACUAA